CAACUACAAGCAACAUGUUACUGACAACUACAAGCAACAUGUUACUGACAACUACAAGCAUCAGGUUAAUGAAAAUGCCUUUCCCUCUUAUAAUUUCUAGGAGUAGCUUCUGAAUAUUGAUCGGUUACUGACAACUACUCCGGCGGUUAAUGAAAAUGCCUUUCCCUCUUGUAAUUUCUAGGAGUAGCUUCUGAAUAUUGAUGUUGUAUCCUGCUUUAUCAAGCUGUUGUUAUGCAACCUAAAAUGACUGAAGUCAAUGCAGCGAGACUGUUUAUCAUUGUUGCAGGAUAUGCUGGAGUCUCUUGGAAAUACAAAAUGAUGAUGUAUCCUGCUUUAUCAAGCUGGUUUAUCUGAUGGGCUCCCUAAGUUUGUGAAGGCUGAAGGAUAUGCUGGAUUGUACAAGGGGAUUGUUCCACUAUGGCAGUAAGUUUCUGUUCCUGCUUAUUGUAACCAAAAUUUUGUUUCAUUCUUAAAAAAAAAUGUUUGGCCUCCUCGUAGACAUCUGCUACUCUGAUUCAUAUAUAGAUAUAGAUCUUGAAAACUAGCUAUCUUGUUCUUGGAGGACUAGCUAUCAAAGUCAGGCAUUUACUUGCACAACCGUUCUUCUUGAGAUCACAGUAUGAUUUCCAAGAUUUUAUGUGUGCAUAUAGAGAUAUUUUUGCACUGCUUGAGAUAAUGGUGCUCAUUGUUACUGACAAAGUACAGUACUUUCAGACAAUACAGUAAGGAGUACUUUCAGAUAAUGGUGUUCAUUAUUGCUGAAACAUAUGAUGUGUAUCUUUUUCAAUACAUGUACAAUCUGCAGGUUAUUACAGUAUCUCAGGAUCUACAGCUUCAGCUCCAGCAACAUCAGGAGUAUGCCAGGAAUGGGGUACCUGCACAGGCUCCAACAGCUUCAGCAGUUGGUCUUCGACAGCAAGAUUGCCCGCCUCCACUCCAUCAGGGUCUUCCACCUCCACUCCUCGAGCUCUAGCGGCGCCAGUCUGCGAGAGGUUGCCGACGCGAAGGGUGGGAGGUCGCCAGCCCACCGGCGUGGGCCUGUGAGCUUCACCGGGUGGCCCGCCGGCUCCAGCCAGCGAGGGGUGCGGGACUCCGCCGACACCAGGCGGCGAGGGGCGAGGGACUCCGCUGGCGCCAGGCUGCGAGGGGUGCGGGACUCCGCCGGUGUCAGGCUGCGAGGCGCGCGGGACUCCUCCGGCGCCAAGCUGCGCGGCGCGUGGAUCUCCGGCGGCGGAGCGGAAUUUCGGCGGCAUCAGGCUGCGCGGGGCGGAGAAUUUCGGUGGUGUCAGGGCGGCGCGAUCCGCCGGCGGGAGUCCCCCGCUGCCAGGCUGCACGGGGCGCGGAACUCCGGCGUCGUCAGUGGCGCGCGAUCCGCCGGCGGGAACCAGCUACAGCGAGCCCGCACACGCGAUCCUGGGAGAUACGAUUGGGGAUUCGAUUGUGAUGUUUUCGAAAUACUAAGGAUUCAAUUGCAAAUUACACUAGCCCACCGACACCUAUUUCGUGCCGGAGGGAGUAUUUUUUCUUGUAAGAUUUCGUGA